CCUCUCCCUCCCUCCUUUCUCUGAGAGGCUCGCUGGCCAAGACCCCCCUUCUGCCUCCCUUCUGCAACAAAGGAACAAACAAACUCUUCAGUCUUCCCCUCUCUUAAAUUCUGGACACGUCCCCCAAACAAUGCAUUCCCUAAAUACCCAUUUUUGUUUCUCAAAUUUACUGCUUUGCCACUCGUCCCUUCUCUUCAUCUCUAUGUCUAUCUAUUCCUGCAUUUCAUUCUCUAAGCUCCUACUGUCCAAUGCCAAACAGGCUACACCACCAAGAUCUCUAUUUCCGACUAAGGAUUUCUCAAGCAUUGUCCCGCUUUCUACGCUACCUCACUUCCAUUGUUUUCUUCGCCAGUUUCGAAGAAUAUAGUUGUUUUGAUAUUUUUUCUAUUUUGCAGAUUCUCUCCUUCUCUCCCCCCCCCCGCCGGUUGUCUCUCUUGUUUUUCGCUCUAUGCUGGGGUGCAAUGGGAACAGUAUAGAUUGCUCUGGAGGUCAGAAAAUAUAUUAUUGGCUUUGUACUGCGCUUUGCUCUGAUCAAAGGUUUGGAUUGCGUUGUUUAAAGCAGGCGUUGAUUAUAUAGUAUAUACAUAUUCGAGACGAUAAUGGAUGGAAGGCGGCAUUCGGUUGAUAUUCCUAUUUCGAAAACUCUUAUAGCGUUGAGGAGGGUCAGGUCAUUGAGAGAUCCAUCUACAAAUUCUAUGAGCAAACUCUGUUCUUCGAUUGAUAAUCUGCACUGGGAGAACAAUUCGGGCCAUGGGAUUUCUCUGCAGUUCGUGGACGCUCCUCGGGCUUGUGAUUCUGAUGAUAAUGGUACAUCAAGGUCAAAGAAUUUAAGUUGCAGCAUUCGCAGAGAGCACGAUGCUACUGAUUUUGAAUUGAACUGUGCUCAUUUCAACUCUAAACUGAAGUCUUGUCCUGAAGGGCAGCAGGAUGAAGUACUAGCUUACUCUAAUUUGAAUCACGAAGGCAAUUCUGGUGUCAAGUCAACAAGUGAUUGCUGCCAUAGCAACCAUAGACGCAAGGAAUUAGAUGUAGAAUCUAUUAUGCCUCCUAGUAACGAGGCAACUUCUGGAUCAUCAAAGUUAGGGAUAGUUGAUCAUUCUAAGUUGACUAAAAAAACUCUAUGCAAGAGCCAAGUGAAAUCAUCUGAAGUUCUGGGCGAUAUUGGUGGUCUUAGUAGUCCAUGCCUUUCAGUCGGUGAAGCUCUCUCAGCUUAUAGUUCAUCGGCGAAUAUGAAUCAAGAUGUUGAUGUUGUAGAUAAUGAUCACCAUGGAUGUGGAAUAAGCUGCUGUUGGUCGAAAUCACCAAGGCUUAGAGAAGCAAAUAUAUAUUCUGAUAUAGAAGACCGUCCCCUGAUAUCCUGGCACACGGAUGAGACAGCUCUUUAUGGAAAUAAAAACUUGAGACACAUUGGUGGUGAAAUUAGUCCAAAUUUUGGAACUCCUAGAAGUUUAUGUAUGAAAUUCAGGCCUAAAUCUUUUAAUGAUUUGGUUGGACAAAAUGUGGUAGCGAGGUCUCUUUUGGGUGCCAUCUCUAAGGGAAGGGUAACCUCAUUCUAUCUCUUUCAUGGUCCUCGUGGUACUGGCAAGACAUCUGCAUCUAGGAUUUUUGCUGCUGCACUGAAUUGUCUCUCCUUUGAGGAGGAAAGGCCAUGUGGUCUGUGCAGAGAGUGUGUUUUGUUCUUUUCUGGUAGAAGUAAAGAUGUUAAAGAAGUUGAUUCUGCAAGAAUCAAUCGCAUUGACAAAGUAAAAUCCCUUGUUAAGAAUGCGAGUAUCCGUCCAGUUUCUUCACGUUUUAAGAUAUUUAUAGUUGAUGAGUGCCAGUUGAUCCUCGGGGAGACAUGGGCAAGUCUUUUGAAUAGCCUAGAGAGUUUUUCUCAAUAUGUUGUUUUUAUUAUGAUCACUCCAGACUUAGACAAACUUCCCCGAAGUGCAGUUUCCAGGGCCCAGAAGUAUCACUUCCCUAAGAUAAAAGAUGCUGACAUUGCAUGCAGAUUGGAAAAAAUUUGCAUGGAAGAAGGUCUUGAUUUUGAACAGGACGCUUUGGACUUCAUCGCUGCAAAAUCCUGUGGUUCACUUAGGGAUGCAGAAAUCAUGCUUGAUCAGCUGAGCUUGCUUGGUAAAAAAAUCACAAUUUCCUUAGCCUAUGAGCUUACUGGGAUCAUUUCUGAUGAUGACUUGCUUGAAUUACUGGAUCUAGCUUUGUCUUCUGACACUUCAAAUACAGUUAAAAGAGCGCGAGAGCUAAUGAGAUCAAGGGUGGAUCCUCUGCAACUUACAUCACAUCUGGCAAAUCUCAUUAUGGACAUUCUUGCAGGGAAAUGUAAUGAUGGUGGUUCUGAAGUCCGAAUGAAGUUUUCAAUUAGACAUAAAUCUGAACUGGAACUUCAAAAACUAAAUCAUGCAUUGAGAAUACUUUCUGAAACGGAGAAGCAAUUACGAAUUUCCAAGAAUCAAACAACAUGGUUCACGGUAGCUCUUCUACAGUUAAGCUCUGUAGAACAUUCUUCUGUCGAAGCAAAUGCUAAAUUGAGAGAUGCUUGCAACGGAGCUGGUGAUUUCUGCAGUACAUCAUCUACAGGCGAAAGCAGGAAGCAUCUAGCCUCUCCUUUGUAUGAUAACAAAUUGUUUAGAUUAGGACAACAAGAUCACACAUUGAGUUCCAUAUGGCAUAAAGCGACGGAGUCAUGUCAAUCUAACAGACUCAAGACUUUUCUUAGGAAACAGGGGAAGUUGUCUUCACUCUGUGUUAAUCACGGUCUAGCAAUAGCUGAGUUGGAUUUCCAGCAUCGCAACUACGUAUGUAGGGCUGAGAAGGCAUGGAAAUUGAUAGCCAGUUCCCUGCAGCUCAUAUUGGGUUGUAACAUAGAGCUCAGGAUCAAUCAUGUCCCUUGUACUUCUCAUUCUAAAUAUGCCAAAUUGAAGAGGUCAUCUUUCAGUUUUUUCAGUUGUUCCCGUAGAAUCCAUCGUAAAGCACUUUCAGAUAAUGAACAAGGAAGUGAACCAGGCCAUACUGAUCACACCUCACAGAAAGCCAUGAUGAAGGAUAGAACUUUGACUUGUACAUCUGAUUGUGGAUCUCAGAUGCAGCAACCUGAGACUUAUCAUGGAAUGGAGGUUGUAACAGCAUUGAGAGAUGGUGAAGGAAAUUUGCUGAGCUCAAGGAAGAGUUUGUUGAAUAGUUCAUGUCAAGAGACUUCAAGGACCUCGAGUUCUGGGGUUGAUUCCUCUAAGGAAGAGGGAUUUGAUUAUGCACACCUAGUUUCAUCAAACCCAGAUUCAGACUAUCAAUCAAAAUGUUUCCCUCGAACUUUCUGGAUUCAUAAGAAGAAGUCACCUUCUCCGGAUCUAUCUCCGGUUGUUUUCCAGGGCACUCAACAAGAGAAAGAAUUUGUUCUAUCUAUCCCAAAUUACACCUGUUCCGAGACAUAUAGCUACGCUAGUGAACCCUGUGUUUUCUCCGCUAGCCCUAACAACUGUACCAAACAUGCCCAAAGUCAGAAGAGGUCAGAAACCUCAACUUAUAGACGUUAUACUUGAGUUGGAUAUUUUAUUCCAAUGCAUCCCAUCAAGUUCUUGCUUAUAGCGAUCUUCUGAAAAUGAAUAUCCUUGAAUCCAUGGCUGGAAAGAUCUGCUGCCAAGCUCAAUCGUAGCUUCCUAUCUGAUGUAAAUAAAUGGAGGAAGAUUUUUCUUUUCUUUUUUCUUUCUUAACUACUGAGGGUGUGGUGACGAUGGAACAUAAAUUGACUCAAUCAUCCACGAAAUGAAUGUUUUGAUAGCAACGUUAUGUCUUAGGCCAUUGAGAUGUUAAAUUUCGUCUGUUAAAUCCAUUUUUAAACAAUCAUUCUUUUCUAAAUACUUUACUAAUAAACCUAACUUUAACAAAGUUCCUAGCCUUAAGAGUUUUUAAAAAAUAUAUGCAUAGACGAAGUGGGGUGUUGUUGCCAUGUCAAGAAACUGCAAACUUCAACAUGUUACUGAUGGUUCAAUUUUGAUGCCGUUAAAUUUAAUACAGUUGAAAUGAAUCUAUUGCUUUGUUUCUUCCGGCUAGCUUUUCUUAAUUGUAAACUGAACGUCUAUAGUCCUUG